UUUUUCUGAAUGGAGAAACAAACAAAUCAACUUUAAUUUUAACGAUCUAAAUAAAGAAAUCUUUUUUUAUUACACAAUGCAUGAUCACACUCCUUGUUCAUCUGCCUCAACAACAACAACUUCCUCUACCCAAAUAAACACCCAGAAAAACCUUUCCCCUUCAUCGAAACAAGAUUUAAAACAAAAAGAUAAUUCAUUGACAAAUCAAUCGACGCCAUGUGUUUUUUCUGUCGAUUCUGUAUCGGAUAUUACAAUUGAAAAUCAGUUGUCAAAUUGUUAUGGUGAUGGUGGUUCUUUACAAAUGGAACAAAUGAGUUGUAAUAGUGGUCAAAUGCUACAACAUUUUGGUUCUUCUAGCACUACUUUUUCAACAAGUUCAUCCAAUAUAACAAGCGGUAGCUAUCCAAUUGACCAAUACAGUGUUGCUAGUUCCUCGGGUGUUGCAACAUUAGAUUCUUCAGCUGAUCGAUUUCAGCCUACAAAUUUUGUGCCUAGUCGAAUUUCAAAUGAUGAUAGCACCCCAACAAUGAGUAUAUUAACAGAAACUAGUGGGACAUCAAAUUUAAAUAAAAAAGAAUUAAUCCAAUUAUCAACUGGAACAACUUCGACAAUAAAUUCAACAGAAUCUGCAACAGAAGCUAUUAUUCCAUCUACAACAAUUACUGCAUUUUCUAGUCUUUCAUUAAAUGCUACUGAACCCGGUAGAAAAUUCCUUAGUGGGAACAAACCUUCGGGAAUUUCCGCAAAAAUUUUUUCGCGUUCUGCAAAGGAUAGUGAAGAUUCUGCUGCUUCACCGGGUAGUUUCCUUGCUCUUCAAGGACAAGCACAUUCUACUCCAUCACUUUUGUCUUCUUUUACAGGUUCAGAAGGCAGUUCUGGACAACAAGUAAAAAUUGCCCCAGGUAGCAACAAUAGCAAAAAUCAAGGACAACAAAAUAUUGUUGACAUAAAUACGCCCUCAACUGUCUCUAAUAAUACCCCGAGUGAUUCUACUACCCUCGAAAGUUCGUCCUCCAAUUCAUCUCAUUCCAUUCUUGGCUCCAAUCAAUUACCUUCUGUGCUCAAUUGUGCUGCUACUUCAUGUUCUCAAAUUUUUUGUACUCCUUUGAGAACGAUUGUUUCACAAAAUAGACGUCGUUAUCAAAUGGACGGGUUUAAUUUGGAUCUCACAUAUAUAACUGAUCGUAUAAUUGCGAUGGGCUAUCCAGCAGAAACCAAGGAAGCCUUAUACCGAAACAGUAUGACUCACAUAGUCAAAUUUUUGGAGCAUUAUCAUCCGGGUCAUUAUAAAGUUUUUAAUUUAAGAGGUCAAUAUGUUUAUGAUCCUGCCAAUUUUCACAAUCGUGUAAUUUCUUUUGAAAUGACUGACCAUCACCCUCCUCGUCUUGAAUUAAUGGCACCAUUUUGUAGAGAAGUCCAUGAAUAUUUGGAGGCUGAUCCUUUAAAUGUGGUUGCUGUACAUUGUAAAGCUGGAAAGGGGCGUACUGGUGUAAUGAUUUGUGCCUAUCUUUGCUAUAUUUCUUUUUAUCGAACUCCACGACAAAAUAUGGAUUAUUACAGCAUUAUCCGCACUCACAACAACAAAGGAGUCACAAUACCUUCACAACGCCGCUAUGUUUACUACUUUGCUCAUUUACGUGAACGCAAACUUAAUUACAUACCUUUACGUUGUGAGCUUGUUGGUGUAUAUUUGGAACGUCCUCCAAAACUUUCUGGAACAUUUUCAAAAGGCGCAUUAAAAGUUAGAGUUGCCUGUGGUGAUGUUGAUGUAUUUCUGGGAAGUGAUAUGUGGUUAAAUGCUGAACAAUAUGAAGAAGAAGAAGAAUUAUAUAAACGUUUCCCUCUUGCUUCAGUAGAAGAAGAACAGUUUGAUCAACAACAAUCUGAUGUUGACAAAAAUUGUAUUUCUAGAAGAUGUUAUGGUUGGACAGUUCCUUCAAAUAAAAGGGUGUUUUUGGAGGGAGAUAUUCGGAUAGAUAUAUUUCAAAAAUCUCGUCUAAAAUUAUUUAAUGUGAAGCAAGAAAGGAAGAAAGUUGGACAUAUUUGGUUUAAUACAAUGUUUACUUGUCCUGGAUUUUGUGGAGGGCAAUAUGUUCAUGGUGAUGAAGCUUAUCAAUAUCCUGAUUCUAUGAUUGUUAGACGUUGUUUCAAACGCGUAGAGCAUCAAAAAUCUAUUAGCAGCAAGAACAGUGAACUUGACGAUUCGGUAAGCAGUGGAAGCAAAAAACAGUCAAUUGCUGAUGAUUCUUCAAUUUCUACACAACAUUUUUCUCCUACAUUAUCUAAUCAUGAAAAAUGUUUAUCAGGCGAUGAAAAGAAGGAAGAAAGACAAAAGAGUCGUUCAAUGCGAUUUGUUAGUAGAAUAACAAAUGAAGGAGGAGGGAUAACUGGAACUGCAAAAAAACGUUGGCAAUCACAAGAUGGGUGUGCUUCUGAAUUAUUAAACAACCAAACAGCUCCAAGGAAACAAUGUCGUUCUAGCCUUGAUACAAUUCAAAAUGAUUAUGAAGAAGAGAUUAUUGUUGAAAAACCUCCAGGUUUGGAUGUUCACUGUCCAACUGAAUCGCUUCGUGGAAUUUACCCAAACGAGAAACUUGCUCCUCGUUAUGGAAUUGAAGAAAUCAUUCGUGAAGCUUUUCAUAAAAAUCUUGUUAAAGAUUUAUACAAUACUCGAAGAAUGUCACAGCCCAGAGAUGGUCCGCUCGUCCCAAAAGCAACAAUUGAUCGACCAAAUGCAAAUGGACCUUUCUGUUUGUUGAGACGAUCUGACGAACAUGUUGGUGUUUUUGGCGUUCAGGAAAUUGACAGAGCUUAUAAAAACAAAGAUAUUGACGUGUCAUUUAAGGUUUUUGUCGUCACUCGUUGUAUUGAUGAAUCUAUUUCUUCUGAUGUUCGACUUGCUGAACAAUUCAUUAAAGUCACAAAUCAAAAACAAGCACAAAAGGAAAUGGAAAAGUUGGAAAAAAUGCAACAAAAACAUCGAAAAUUAAUACUUGCACAACAACAACAUUUAAAUGUAAAUAAAUCAGGAGGAGAAAAUAGCAAUGAUUUGGCUACUUCAUCUUCUGAUAAUGAGAUGCCUUGUUCUUCAUCUGAUUCAACUGAAGCUUUACUUUCAAAACAACAAAAACAGUUUAAUGAUGAUCCAAGGUUCAAUGAUCCACACUUUCGAAAAUUUUUCUUUCGUCAAAGAGUGACAUCACAAUCAAGACAUCCAAGUGUUCAUCAACAUUGUUCACUUCGUACACCAGAUCCUAAAACAUGUGCAAAACAUGGCUGUAUUAGUUCGAAUAUGAAACAUUCAAUUGAAGAAAUUGAAAAAGAGGAAGAAUUUGAAAGAUUUGUUCCUGAGACUGAAGAAACUUUUGAAGAUUUUGAUUUCUUCCAUCCUCGACAACAAACAAGUAGUACAAUUCGUGGACCUUCUGAUAGUAGUACUCCAGUAAUAUCUUCUUAUGUUCUCCACAAUCAAAUACCUGAAGAGAAUAAAGGAUUGCAAGAAGAAUCAGACAGACUUCAAAUUACUCAUCAAGAUGUUCCCAUAAUUGAUUUUCAAUCAAAUGAAGAAGUUAAAUCUAUCGAGGAGAAUUUAAUUGAAUGUAUUUCUUCUACAAAACAUUCUCCAUGUUCAGUAACUCAUGGAAAGGAAUCCCAAUCAAGUGCUCCAAAUUCUUUACUUUCUGAAUUAACAGAACCGGAAGUUUAUCAUCCCUCUGAUUGUAGUCUAGCGCCUUCUACAAGUUCUUCUUGCUCUUCUGAUGUUUGUUUUCUUUUAUAUUUAAAGGCUCGUUUAUAAGAUUGAAACUCUCGGGAAAUUUUUUAAGCUUGUUAUUCUUUUUCUGGACAACUUUUUAGUUUUGGGUCGUUCAAAUCUUCGGUCUGAAUUUCCUAUAAUUAGUGAUUUAGGUGAUCUAACCUUAUUA